GCUUAUGCUUUGCUUUUCUCACUUUUCUGUAUAUCUUGCAUUGCAGUUUAAUUCUCAUUCUCUUCUCUUCUUCAGAGUGAACACCACGUACACUUAGAUCCAAUUUCUGACAGGAAUGCGAUACUGAAUACGUAUAAACAGAAUCAUGUUGUCCUCGCUAAUUAAAGAACAUCAAACAAAACAAGCAGCGAAGAGAGUCAUACAAGAACAAAAACGCAAGGAAUGCAUAGCUGCAGCUAAUGAUCUAACACAAGCUUUAGUUGAUCAUCUCAAUGUUGGUGUUGCUCAAGCUUAUUUAAACCAAAAGAAGCUGGAUGCCGAAGCAAAAUUAUUACAUCAAGGAGCCAUUAAUUUCUCAAAACAGACUCAACAGUGGUUGGCAUUGGUUGAGAACUUCAGUAGUGCACUAAAAGAGAUCGGUGAUGUAGAGAACUGGGCCCGCAGCAUUGAAAAUGAUAUGAAAAUUGUUACUGACACACUAGAGAAUGCUUACAAAAUGGCUCAAGAACAGCCGAGUACUACACAAAACAACCAAUAAGCUAAUGUUUACCUUGUGACAAUUUGUAAUCGUUAUCAACAUGCAGUUCAUUUGAUUUCAUAACGUAAGAAAUACAACGUUAAUAGAUGAAUGUUGUAAUUGGAUGGAAUUUGCCUAGGUAUAGUCUCUCAAUGCUUUGUAUUAUGUGAUUUAACCCAAUAAGGCCAUCAUAUAAGAAAAUUGGCAAUUGAAUUUGAAAUAAAUAGUAAAGGAAACAUGGUUAUGAUGGCCUUAGGAGCUUUGCUUAGGAGGCUAAUAGGGGAAAAAGCACACCCUUUUGGAUGUUUCAUAAAUAAAAAAUAAAAUAUGUAAGUUAAUCUAAGAAAACCAUUUAAAUAUUUUUACUAUAAGUUGAUAUGUUUUAAGUAUUUAAUAAAAAUUAAAUAAAGCACUGGUAUUUA